ACGAUUUUGUACUGCUUGAACCAGAAUCAAAUGUCCUUUGACAAGAAAGAUGUUAUGAGCAUAUUGCUCAAAGUCUUCAAACACAAAGAUUUUAAAUCAACUACUCAGAAAGAAGCAGUGAAAGCUGUUGUAAAUGGCAAAAAUGAUGUGUAUGUGUCGAUGCCAACUGGUGCAGGAAAGUCACUGUGCUACCAGCUCCCUGCUGUUCUGGCAUGCGGUGUCACAAUUGUUGUCUCCCCUCUUAUUGCUCUUAUGCAUGACCAGCUGGAUCACCUAGAGGCUUUAGGGAUCAGAGCAGAGACAAUUAAUUCUAAGCUUUCAGCCAGCGCAAGGAAACAAGUUGUGUCUGAACUUCUGUCCAAACAUUCCAAGGUGAAACUGCUCUAUAUCACACCGGAGCAAGCAGCCACUGAUGGGUUCCAGAGUAUUGUAGACUCUCUUUUCUCUAAAGGGAGGAUAUCAUAUUUUGUGAUAGAUGAAGCCCAUUGUGUUUCUCAGUGGGGUCAUGAUUUUCGGCCAGACUACUUAAAACUUGGUGAAUUCCGCAAAAGGAUUCCUGGGAUUCCGUGUAUAGCAUUGACAGCAACCGCCACACCACAGGUUGUUAAGGAUAUAGCAAGCCAGCUCAAGCUUAAAGAACCUGUGCUUAAAUUUAAAACCAGUAGUUUCCGAAGCAAUCUUUAUUAUGAAGUUUGUAUGAAAGACUUUUUACCUGAUCCGUACAUGGAUUUGUGUAAAUUUGCUCUUAAGUGUUUGGGUGGUCCCUUGGAAGAUUCAGAGACAUGGAAUGACAAAGGAUGUGGUAUUGUGUACUGUAGAACACGCGAUGGCUGUGAUGAAAUUGCUAGUCAUUUGAGCAGAAAAGGACUUCCUACCAGGCCGUAUCAUGCAGGCUUAGGUGGUAAACUUAGGGAGGAGACCCAGAAUGAUUGGAUGGAGGGGCGUGUGCCCAUUAUAGCGGCCACCAUCAGCUUUGGUAUGGGAGUGGACAAAGCUAAUGUCAGGUUUGUUGCACACUGGACAAUGCCAAAGUCAAUGGCUGGCUACUACCAGGAGUCUGGACGUGCCGGCAGGGAUGGGCGACCUUCCUUCUGUCGGCUUUACUACUCGCAUCGAGAGAAAGACACUGUAGCUUUUCUCAUUUCUACUGAAAACAAUAGACUAAACAAAAGUGCUGAGUUAGCAAAACUUCAAGCUAAGUCAUCAGAAGAGAGUUUUUCAGCCCUUGUUAGUUUCUGUGAAACCUUGCAGUGUCGCCACUGGUCCAUAGCUAGUUAUUUUGGUGAUGAUAAGCCCAACUGCGAGCGUGCCUGCGAUGUUUGCUGCGACCCCAAGAAGGUUGAGAUGGACAUCCUGAACAUGCAGCGCGGCCUCAUCAACACCAAGAUGAGGACAGCUCUGGGCGGGGCUAUGAUGGUAAUCAACGAGGACGACACUGAUAUGUACGAAGGGGGGCGCAAGGGAGCUAAAAGGGAAACAGACAUGUAUGAGGCAGGGGAGGGAAGUGAGGAUGAGGGGGAGUACCACAGAGAGAGGAAACAGGCAGAGAAACAGAAGAAAGUGAGAACCACCAUCAUCAUGAAAGAAUUUGAAAAAAGGAAAGCUGUUAAUAAAUCAGCUCCUGAAGAGAAGUCAGAUGACUUUGAACCCCCGUCUGCAGACUGUCCACUCCGUGAUGCCAGUAGCCAGAGGGUGACCAAGUUAACUGUGAAGACCAGGGAACAUUGCUUUGAGAUGAUAGAGAAAUCUCUGUAUGAAAAUUUCAUCCGUGUCUACGCUGAGGAGGACCAGCGUAUUCGAGCCAGAGACUACGAGCCCCGCACCAACGCCCUGGACCUGGAGCACCAGAUAUUCCUGGCCAGCAAGUUGGCCCCCAUGUACAAGUCCUCUGUCACCAAACUGGUCUCAGAAAUACGCAAGCUCACACAGAACAACGAAGCUCACGCUUGCUUUAAAAAGGGGGAGUCGGCUGUUCCGUCAAAUGGCAUUGAUAGACUGACCAGCAGUGAGAAGUCUGAGAGGUCAGAUCUUGACACACGUGAGCCGGUCAGCAGGCCAGACAGAGCUGCGGACAAUGUCUUCGUGCGGGCCAGCGACCUGUUCUCACAGAUGAGCAGCAGUCGACCCUCCCCCACGCCAUCCAGUCUAGGCUUUCAGACAGCCAGUUCUGUUUUGUUGAGCCAAGCUAAAUCCCCGCCUUCAGCCCCCCCACCCACAGCACCCUCUUUUCAAACUGCUUCAGCUGUCUACAAAUCCCAGAACUCCGCAACAAAUCCACUCAAUGGAUUGUUAUCUGACUUCCAGAACGCUGCAGCAAUUCCCGGUGGUGGGUUUUUAUCAGAUUUUCAAAACCCUGCUAAAGAAGAGAAACCCCCCAGUGCUGGCAAGUCCAUCCGGGACAAUAUUUUCUCCAUUUUAUUUGGGGACAAAAAUGGUUUCUCUGGCACCAAAACGCCAGCUGAGCCAAAGAACUCUCUGGUCAUAGACACACAGGAUGACAGCAUGGACUGUGAUAGCCCGCAAGUGACCCCUGGCCACUCACAGGAUUCCAACACAGCCAAGCACAAGCCCAAGGUGCUUUGUUUCUUUGAGAAGGUUAGUGAGGGUGGGCCCAGCUCACCCAAGGGGGGCCACUCUUCAGCUGGGCCAAAAGGGGAAGCUAGUCAGUCAAGAACCGGUACAGAGGCCAAGAAGGAAGGGAGACAAGCCAGUAUUAAACAUUCCACCAGUAAACAUAAAGGUUUUUCCAAUGAAGGUAGAAGCAAGCAGCCAUCUCAAAAAGCUGAGUCUAAGAAAAGAAAAAUAUCUGAUGAACAAUUAGCCAUGCAGCACACACUGGAUGCUUACAUCAGCAAAAAACCCAGGCAAGAAGGUCCCAGUGAGCAUGAGGUCAGCAAGAAAAGGCAGGAAGUCUCCACCAAGAAACCUCCCCCUGUAUCUGAGGCUGAGGAGAAGAAGAUGAGGGAGAACAAACAGAUGAAAGUGAUAGCUGACAACGUGGUCAAGUACCUUACCCCAUACUACAAGGCUGGGAGGUUUGCUAACAAGGACACGUUUAAAAUGGUGGCUAAAGCCAUCACACAGCAGGUCCAUGAGACAACCAAGGGACUUCCCACAAAUGGGAAAGAGGAGGCCAAGCGUCUGGUCAGGGAGUACAUGGAGGAACACAAGCAGGUCAAUGGUCAGACUGACCUCAAGGGCUGGCUGUAAGUCAGACUGACCUUAAGGGCUGGCUGUAGGUCAGACUGACCUUAAGGGCUGGCUGUAGGUCAGACUGACCUUAAGGGCUGGCUGUAACAGGUCAGACUGACCUUAAGGACUGGCUGUAACAGGUCAGACUGACCUUAAGGGCUGGCUGUAGGUCAGACUGACCUUAAGGGUUGUCGUAGGUAACAGAUUAAGCCAUCCUUUAAACUCUGGUCCGACACAUCAGCCUUUGGUAGAAUCAAGUGUUGGAAAUAGAUGUCCAUGUUACAAGACACUUGAAAGUUGGUCUGUGUGCUAAUAGUGCUACAGGAAUCUAAAGCCUGUUUGUGCUAUUGGAAUCUUAAGUCUGUGCUUUUGGAAAUCUUAAGUUUGUGUGCUAUAGGAAUUAAAAAUGUUUAUGUCAUUGAACCUGACCAUUAUACAAGGUCUACUUUCCUAAUUAGGUUGGGGCGUCCAGUAUUACUAACUAUGAGUGUUUUGUCUGACCACAUGCUAGGAAUUACAAGCCCUCUGGUGGUCCAACAUUUUCAUUGUUAUCUCCCUUUGAUUGUACAUUAUUAUUAUUUUUUUUUUUUGCUGCCUUUAAGAUUUUGUUUUACCUACAAGUACAGCAAAUAUGGUCUUACACCAUAUUUGCUGUACUUGUAUUGAAGACUUUGUUGUGGUUACUGUACCUGUCUUAAGACCAUAUUUGCUGUACUUGUAUUGAAGACACUGUUGUGAUUGUUGUUGAUUCUUAUAAAUUUUUGGCUAUGCAAAAAAAAAAUAAUAUUGCCAAAGUAAAUUCAAUUCUAGAUUCUUCUUGAGAUGCAACUUUUUUUAAUAGAACCAAUUUUUUGGUGUUGCUAUGAAAACUGUUGACAAAUAAUAACGUAAUAAGAAAUGUGCUCUUAAGGAGCAUUUGUUGCAUAAUAAAGCUUGACAUUUCAGGUGUAAUCUAAUGUCAUCUGUCAUACUCCUGACAUUUCCAUAGAUUAUAACUGGGACUUAAAAUUCACUGAUUUUAUGAUUUGGAUGUGUGUUCUCGAGUAAUCAUUAAAGCAUUUCUCCUUGUAAAAUUAUUAAAAUACAAGAAAUAUUCUAAAGAUUUUUAUUCUAUACAUUACCGAAUUUUCAUAUACAUAUAGUUUGUAGGGAAGUCAGCUCCUAAAAUUGUUAAUCAAAUUAUUAUUUUAAUUAUUCUUACUCAAUGAA